GUAAACCUCCCAGAAUGCUCCGGUGCUUUUCGAGAACAUGAACUUGAUGAUCUGGCAGCACUUGUGCUCUCUAGAAUUUGGACUGGAGAAUCUGCAAUCCAGCUUCAAAAGAGCAUCAAUAAUGCCGGUGCCCAAGAAUAGUGACAUGACUUGCCUCAAUGAUUACCGACUGGUGGCACUUGUUGAUGAAGUGCCUUGAGAUGUUAGUUAUGGCCCAUAUCAACUCCUACCUCAACAAGAACCUGGACCCACUACAAUUUGUCUACUGCAACAACAGGUCAACGAAGGAUAUGAUCUCACUGUAAAUUACAAAGACCAGAUCUGCAGUUUGUGACUUUGGUAGGAAGGUGAAAUUUCUAGAAUGACGGGAACAAAUAUCUAAAGGAUUUUCCUUCUGCCUCCAUUCCCUUUCCAUUUUGGCUCCAUGAUGCCACUUCAUAGGGGAUGAUGUAUAUGGCUUCAGCGGGUCACCCCAACAGCACUCUUCACUCAACAUGUUUUGCAACCUGUUCCUUUCUCCAAGCAAAAUGCCAUCGAAAUGUCUACCUUCGAUGCCAUGACUUCAGAAAACAUCACCGAUGGUUAUCGGACAGACGACCAAGAAGAGGUUGAAAUAGGCUGGCAAGAGAAGCUAUUCAGCCAGUUUGAAAUUGACCUGUACCAGAAUGAACAGUUGUGCCAAAGUCCACUGGACUGUCAAUACCGUAAUGAGAUCCUGCGCCUGGAGGAAACUGAAGAGAAGAAGAAUCGCAGAAUCUUUACCUACACUGAUUUUGACCGCUACACCAGCACUGAAGAGCACUCCAAGAUAGUAACCACAUCACCAAUGGAGAUUCCAUCCUACCUGACAGAGAGAAUGUCACAUGUUCGACGCAGGAGGCAGGAACACAGAAUUAUGGAAGGGAAGAUUCCAAGAUCACGCCUCAUCACCUGGGAGCCGACUGAAGAAUUUGUGAGGAGCAACCAUGUCCUGAAUACACCAGUGCAAACCAUGUACAUCAUGGGAGAUCUGGGGCCCUAUGGAAAGCUUGGUCACCGUGGGGAUGAGUAUAUAUUGUGUACCAUUAAGAUGGACAGCAAUGGAGUUCUCUCUGUUAAACCAGACUUCAAUGAUUGUAAAGCAGUCUAUAGGAUUGAGACCGAGGGAGAGAAACGGGAUUUAUGGUUAUACACUGUUCAAAAUAUAUCUUUUGACGUCAAGCCAGAAGAACAGAGCAGGGAGAAAAAUCUCUUUAAAGAUCUCUAUAACAGGCACAAAGAGUACCUCACGACUUUGGUUGGAGAUGAAUUUGCAACUCCUCCUCUGGGUUUUCUUCAGCUUUUUGUGAACGGUGAAGUAGUGUCGGCUCAUGGGUUUGAGUAUGACAACCUGUAUGUACAUUUUCUCCUUGAACUUCCAAACAAUUGGACUUGUCCUCCAAGCCAGCAGUUGUCUGGAGUAACACAGACUUGUGCUACCAAGGUCAAUGAUCAGGAGGAUGUAGCCUAUUUUUCUCAUCCAUUCAAUUUUGAAAUGUCUAUAAGAAGUGAAGAUCAGCCUGAAGGUUUUCUGCAAUGGCCAAUGCUUUAUUUUGGGGUGUACUCUUGUGAUUUCUGGCAGAGAUAUCGUAUUGAGGGCUAUGGCUACAUUGACAUUCCUGAUCGUCCAGGUAGCUAUACGAAAACAUGCAAAACAUGGAGACCAAUCUUGCCUGGAACAUUAGCAGAAAUGCGGCGAUUCUUUGUUGGUGGUGCGCUUGAGCUUGAAGAUACGACUUACAUCCGGAUCCCAAGCACAUUCAAGGGAGAGAGGCUGAGUCGCUUCGGUUUCAGAACGGAAACCAUAGGAACUGUGACCUUCAGGCUGCAUUGCAUGCAACAAUGCAGGACUUUUCUGGAUUCAAGCAUGGCAAGAAAGAAAUCACAGAACGUUCUGGACCGAAUGGGAGGACUUACUCACCAGGCUACCUUUCACUCUGUGCUGGCGGCAUUUGAGCAUUCUCAACAUCGCAUGCAUGAAGCACGAGAGAACCUACCAAAGGAUCUGCUGCACACAUCUGCUGUUCUGGACGUGUCAAGAAUGUAAUGAAUCAACCCUGGCUGCACUGGCUUGAGGCAUCAGAGCCCAGAAAUUCAAGUGGUGGAACUUGCUUUGGAUAUAAUUUGAUGCUGGAACACCGUUUUGUUUGCUCCCAGUUAAGUCUAAAGUCAUUGAGACAGUUUUAGAAUCAUGACGUCAAGAGUUCUGAACUGGCCAACAUCUUUACCAUAAAGGGUCAUACCUACAAGCUAUAGUAAGUAAGGAUAAAUAGGCUCAGGCUUGAUCUUCAUUAAUCCCUGAAACACUGAUAUAUAUAUAUUGAAGACAAUUAUUUGUAUGGCUUGUCCUGUAACAGACAGACCUGAAGAUAUUGGGUUGGAUUCCCAAACAAUGCUGGACGAACUGAUGACAUUAGCAACAUUAAUGGCACGACAGGUUAUAAAGCAAGUGGGAGAGAAAUGAAGUUUGAAUGGUUUUCCACCUCCGCCUCGUGCCUCCUGAUUGUAGAUCCAAGAGCGCUGCAUAGAGAUGAUCCCACGUUUGAAUGUUGGAGAAGCACAAGAUUAGUUUUGCCUUCUGUCAGUGUCAACCAUCAAAGUUCACUCCUGAAGAACAGAAAUAUGAAAAAGAUGACAAUUGGCGGAUGACACGAGAAUAAUUUAUAUUGUCUUUUCCAUACAGAUUCAAUUCUUGCAUUAUCUUCAUUUGGAUUGCAGAGAGUUAGAAUGGUGGUACAGAAUCUUUUUCACACAUAUGAACUGCAAAAAUAGGAUUGACUAUAUAAUAAGCAACUGACAGAAAUAAACAGCACAAUGAAACGUAAAUUAUUCAGCAUAAACUCGGAUAUUCUGUAACCCGUACAACGCUCAAGUGCUUAAUUUGCCAAAUGAAUCUUUGGACUUUCUGACUCUCCAUAGAAUAACUGAAUUGUAGUUUUCAGGAGAACAUAGAUUGAAUCAGAAAUUGGAAUCUGUUAAGCAUCAGCAUAAGUCACCCUCUUUUAAUUAAAAUAGAGUUUGAUUUAUUCACACUA